UAUGUGUGUGUGUGUGUGUGUGUGUGACUUUCUCUCUGUCAGUGUGCAGUGUGACGCUCAGUCUUCAACAUGUAUCUGCUGCUGGUGCUCGGAGCGGGGGUCAUCGCAGCUUACGUUUUCCGUGAGAUAGUGGUGAAGGGGAAGAAGUUCACCAGCACGGUGAAGCUGCACGGAAAGACCGCGAUAGUGACAGGCAGUAACACAGGGAUCGGGAAGGAGACGGCCAUAGAGCUGGCUAAAAGAGGAGCUCGAGUAGUUCUGGCCUGUCGCAGUAAACAGAGAGGAGAGGCUGCUCUGGAGGAUAUCAAGAAGGAGAGCGGCAGCAAUCAGGUGGUGUUCAUGCAGUUGGAUCUCGGGAGUCUGAAGUCAGUUCGCAGUUUUGCUGAAACCUUCCUGAAGUCUGAGUCCAGACUGGACCUCCUCAUCAACAAUGCAGGGAUUUACAUGCAGGGUCGGACUGAAGACGGAUUUGGGAUGAUGUUUGGGGUCAAUCACAUCGGUCACUUCCUCUUAACUAACCUGCUGCUGGAGUGUCUGAAGGCGUCGGGGCCCAGCAGGGUGGUCAACCUGUCGUCCGUGGCUCAUAACUUUGGGAGUGUGGACUUUGACUGCCUGAACAAGCACAAAGCUCUGGGACUGGGAACGUCGUUCAUGCAGGUGCUUCAGGUUUACUCUGACAGCAAGCUUUGCAACGCCCUCUUCAACCACGAGCUCGCUAAGAGGCUGCAGGGGACCAAGGUCACGUGCUACUCCCUCCAUCCAGGAGCCAUCAACUCUGAGCUGGCAAGAAACGCUGGCUCUCUUACUCAUCUCAUCAUGAAGCCCAUCACUACGUUCUUCUUCAAGAACACGGUCCAGGGAGCCCAGACCACCCUGCACUGCGCUCUGCAAGAGGGAAUCGAACAUCUGAGCGGGCGUUACUUCUCCAACUGCACCGUGAGGGAAGUGUACGCCAAAGCGAAGGACGACGCUGCAUCCAAGAAGCUUUGGGAGCUCAGCGAGAGGAUGUGUGGGCUCGCUUAGAGAGCUGUUAACAGCCUGCAAUUAAAACAAGUCACGCAUUCUUGAUAUUAACUAUCGGAAGAUAUCUGAAUUGAGCCGAGACGUUUUAUGAACAAGUGAGCUGACAGGUAAGCUUAGGAGAGUUUCAGUUGGGGGAGCACUUUACUGCCGCUCCUCUGUGCUGAUAAAACAAAGAGAGACCAUCACAACUAGCAGGACAGUCCAUUUUUUACAGCAAAUGUUAAUUAAUAACCCUGUUUUUAUAAGAGCUGUUGUAAAUGUAAAACAUUCCCAGAUAAUGAACAGAUGUAUUAAUGCUUUGUAUGUUGACUUAUUCAUGACUAAUAUCAAUAAACAAUCACUUUACUGUC